AUGUCUGAUAGUCGAAGAGUUUUGUUUCAUAUUUUGAUUUUGUUAAUUUCAAAAUCAUGGAGUUUCACUAUCAACAGUUUCUGGAAGAAAUUUCCUUACACUGGACCUGUUACAUUUAAUUAUUAUAGUUUGAUAUCAAACUCUAGUUUAAUCUACUGUACAGCAACUUGUUCAUCUCUCUACAACUGGGAUCAGAUUUAUUAUCAAGGAGAAGAUUGUUAUUGUUUAGCACCAAGUUAUGUUAAUGGUACAGGAAUGGUAACGACCAACUCGUCCAUGUGGACUAUUUUUAAGGAAGAAAGUUAUUGUACUGAGAAGGAAUACAAGAUAUUUCCAGAUCAAAAAUAUUGUUUGAAACAUUUUUUAACGGGACAAACAUGGGAGGAUGACAACAUAAGAUGUCGACAAGACAGCGGGUAUUUAAUAUCGGUGUAUACUCUACAAGAUUUGACUAAUUUAAGAUCUCUUUACACACAUAACCGUUUUAUGUAUAUCGGAGCUCACAAAAAACGGAAUGGAACAGAUUUUGUUUGGACAACUGGUGGAACGGUAUCCAAGAUGUUCUGGAAUUCUGGUGAACCCAACGACGCUUCUGGUACAGAAAUGUGUGCUUCAGUGUUAUCAUAUGGUGCCUUUGAUGAUAUACUGUGCAACAGAAAAUUCAGUUUUAUUUGUCAAAUAUUAACUAAAUAA